AUGUCUGAACCAGGCCGAGUGCAAGAUCCAGACCGCCUCGAUGGCAUACCGCUGCUGUCCACAUUCAUGGCAGCUGACGAAGAUGCCGCCAUCUUCCGCAGCUUCACACGACUUGGGAUGCGAAACCUUCUGCAUCUACAGAGUCGCCUGAACGAGUUGGAAGCCAAGUUGGACACCAUGGACAUGGAAGAUACACAGGGACCAGAUCUACAUAUGUACCUGCGACGCGGAGCCAAAGCCUACGAUUCAAUACGUGAUGCAGCGGCUCAGUAUGAGGCGUGGCUGAAAGGAAGAGGGGAGGGCAUAUCCGGGACAUUUCCCCUCGAGAUGAUGUUUCCUAAGCAUUGCUACGAGCGCGUGAAGGUUCAUGAAGAGAUUGACACUAUUCUUCAUCAGUACCGUACUACUAUCAUCACAUCUAUCACGCUUCCUAGCUAA